AUGGACCAAGAUUGGCGGAGGGUGCAUCGGGUGCAGACAACAUCGGAGGAGACGCGACAAACGAGCAGAGCUACAUACGCUCCGCAGCGAAGCAGAGUGCUACCGGUAACGCACGCUCCAACAUCGCCGCCGUCAGGCCAGCUUGUUCGCACAUACGCACCGAGCGACAUUGUUUCACCUGGUCCGGCCAACGGGACAACAUACGCUUACCCUUCACCUGAUCGAGCGGCGCCUGUGCACUUCGCAGCGGGAGCACCGUAUAAUUAUUAUUAUGGACAAGGCGUGUCACAGUAUCCACAUACGCCAGGUCCAGGCUCGCUGGUAGGAGCGGCCAACUCGACUGUGCAGACUUCGGCGUGGACGCAGUCGGAUCCCUACCAUACGCCAUCGGACUCCCUGCCCGGCCAAUCAACGGCACAGAGCGAUACACAAUCGAUGCGAACGGGCGGGCGGUCAUAUGCGGACGUGGCUCAGCUACCGUCUCUUCCUGGUACUCCAUACUCCCUCCGGUUGCCUCCAGCGUUACCAGACUCUUCAAGCUUUGCAAUAUAUGACGAGUCGAUUCCUGGUUUCAGUACCCAACUGUCUCCACAUAGAAACAUAGGGCCGUCGCCUGGUCCUUAUCUGGACAUGCGUGGGUCGUUGCCGUUUGGCAUGCUCUCGGGAACAAACGUCACUAGUGGAACCCUUCCUAUUGACGCCCCUCCCUGGGCUCCAGGUCAACUCAAUGGCUCGCCUCAGCCACCGCCCCAGACACCACCGCAAACACGACGUGGAAGACCUAGUACGGCAGGCUCUUCUACGGGAACCCCCAGGAGACCUAAGAGUGAGAUAACAUCUACCGCGAGUGAACACACCUGCUCGGUCUGUGGAGCUGGAUUUCCAAACUCUGCGGGCAAAGCGUAA